AUGGCUCGUCGAAUUGUAGCGGAAGAUUCUGAUGAAGAUGAAUUUCAAGAAACCCAAUAUUCGAAACUACAAAAUACUUACCGACAUGCUCGCGAAGACCAACGUGAGUAUACAAUUGAAAAAAAAGAUCAAUUACGAAUGCAAAGUAAAACAUUACAACAAUUAACAAGAGAACGUGAUGAAUUAGAAAAAGUGUUUCGUUUGGCUGAAAGCCUUGAAAAUCAAAAACGUGAUGAAGAAAAAACGAGGAAGCUGCAGGAAUUAAUUCAAUCGAAAGAUGAGAUUUUAAGUGAGAUACAAAAUGAAAAAACCUCAUCCAUUGAAUUAGACAAGGAGCUGCGGGAAUGGGAGAAAAAAAUGCGUCAAAAACAAACAGAACUCGGUGGUGCAAAUGCUGCAGUUACAUUUAAUGCAAAUGUUCGCAAACAAGAACGUGUUCUAGAAAAUCGAUUAGAUACUGCUUUAAAACGAUUCAAUGCUUUACUGACUACAAAUAGUUUAUUACGGUCUGAAAUCGAUAAUUUAAGAAAUGAACGAGAACGCUUCGAAAAUCUAUCUCGAAAAUCUGAAAAUGAACUUCGAGAAUUACGUGCUCAAUUAGUCGAAUGUAUCGAACGUUCAGUUACAUCUUAUGAUCAACGAAAAGAUGCCAAUGCCAAAGCUAUCCUUCUUCAAACCAAAGCCGAAACAGAUAAAUCAGCUUCUGAAGCAGAAAUGCGAGAACUUGAAAGACAAAUUUCACAUGAUCGUAAAUUACGCGAUUUUAUGAAACUUAAAUCCCAAGAACGACAAGAAGAUGAAGAACUUGUUACAUAUAGAAAACGAAAAGAGGCUGAAGCUGCUGAAAAACGUCGUAAAGAAAAAGAAGAACAUUCAGUUGAAGCAUACGAAAGUAAAUUUAAACGAAUUCAAGAGAUCAGCGGCGAACAAGAUUUAGAUAAACUUGUCGAUAAGUUUAUUGAAGUCGAAGAUAAAAACUUUGCUUUAUUUAAUUAUGUUAACGAAUUAAACAAUCAAAUUGAAACAUUACAAGAACAAAUUGCCGAUAUUAAAAAAGAAAUUCAUCGCUUUGAAGGACAAGGUGUUGAAUUAGAAGAACAACGACAACGAUUACUCGAACAAAUUGAAGAUAGAUGUUCACGUUCAGAUGGAUUAGCUGAUGAAUAUGACGAGAAAACUCGUGGAGCACGUAAAAUUCUUGAUCAAUGUCGAGCUGGUGUUGAUUCCCUAUUUAAAAAGAUUGGUUGUGAUCGUCGACAGAUUGAGAAUUUACUACAAAGUCAUGAUGGUGUGACUGAAGAUAAUAUGUUACGAUAUUUGGGUAUUAUCGAGGAGAGAACCAAUGAAUUACUCACCGCUCAAGCAACAAUCAAUGCUAAAGAGCAAAAUAUCCCACUACGCGAACGCGCUCCCAAUCUUAUUGGCGAUGGUCCCACAGGUCCAGCGCCUCAUGUUCAAGUUCAUCUACCGAAUACCGAUGAUCGUCGUGACCCAGAAGAAAGAGAAGACAAAGCCGACGAAGAACUCAAACCAUUGACACGCGAAGAAUUGAAACAGCGUGCACUCGAACAAGUUAAAAAUCUAGAACGAAAAGCUCUGCAAGAACAAAAUAAAUAUGCUGAUAUGGCACCGACCACAACACGCGAAAAGAGUUCAGCUACAAUGUCAAGAACAGGUGGUGGAGAAACUGGAAAGCCACCAACAUCUCGAGGACGUUAA